AUGCCUCCGCCAUCGCCGCGACAGGCGGCGCUCGCGUCCGACAUGUACGAUUGCGUCUGUCACAUCCUCGCGCUGGAGCCGCAGUGGGUCGCCGACGCUCUCGAGGCUGCCGUCCGGGCGAUGCACGAGCGCGUUGGCAGAGCGUACAGGAGAGACCUCUACCUCAAGCAGCUCAAGCAGGUGGCAAUCUGCCCGCCGCAGCUCGCGGCCUCGGCGGUGUGCAAGCUCAAGCCGCACGUGGGUGCCAUGGUUCGAGAGGACUGGCCGCACUACACGCCCGAGCAGCGCGGUCGCCUGCAGAGCCUCAGGAAGGCUGCCGAGGCGCCUGCGGAGCCUGUGAAGCACCCGCCUGAGAGGCGCAUGCCAAUGGAACAGCCGGCGGGGAAGCCAGCGGGGCGCCAGCCGGCGGGGCGCUUCCGCGAGCGGUACAGGCGAUACCGGCAGCUCGAUGCGCUCUUCACCGGCCUCGACGACAAGGUUCGCGGGGCGUCGUGCGAGGACGCGAGGCGAGAGGCCGAGGCGCGGCUCGUCGAGGCCUUCCGCGCGAAGAAGCGCUCGAUGCUGCAGCAGACGCAAGAGUACCGCGCGCUGCACGUCGAGCUCAAGCGGCUCAAGGCGGCCGUCAACGGCUAUGUGGAGAGGGCGCCGAAGACGGCCGUGGCGCUCUGA